AUGCUGCCAGAAUAUUCAUCCACCAGUCGAUUUGGUGUCGCAUACCCCGUAUGUAGGGACUUUCCCCAUUUGGGGCCUGGUACAUACAACCAGGACGUAAGUUGCUGAAGACUUUUUUUCGUAAAUACGAAGAUGUCUUAUAGUUUAACUCUAUGAUGUACAAUAUGGAGACCAAAAUCUGCAGCCCAAAGGGAUACACACUUGGCGCAAGAACUGCACAGUUCUUACCGCCACCAAAAAAUGUAAGUUCUGUGGAAGUAUUGUUUGUUCAGUAUCGUGGAUUUGGGACGAGCCGCCCGAUUUUAUUUUGAUUUAGUGACUUUGCUUUUAACAGCGAAAAUAUAUGAUGCUAUAAAUUUAACAUUUUUAUUUGAUUGUUGAGUAAAAUUUUGAUUAUGAUCCAUGACACUAGAUAGAGCAAGUUCUCUAUGUACAAGACAGUGCACAAAUUCUGCGGAUAGCGACUGGCGUGAAACCAGAGGGUGUGCAUGUUCUUAGCUGGUGUUGUCCCUUCUCUGGUCAAAAAUAAGACAAGAAGAUGGGAUUCCCAGCAGAAUAUGCUUCGUCUUAGUGAAAACUCUUGGUCGAAGUGCGUACAACGUUUUCGUUGUUUGGCAUAUCCACUUAUCUCGAAUGCUCAUCACGGCAUCAUAUGUGACACCUGCAACCUGGUAAUCAAAUGAUGAGAGUUGAAAUUCAAACUGACAUUAUCGUCUAAUUAGACUGAACUUCAACUGCCAAUUUUUAUGUGCCAAUCUUUUGACCCAUCGAGACCCAACCGCAGCGAAACCCAACGAGGCUUGUGCCGUACUAACUAUUUUGUGCACACGGAAAGUAUGGAAACUUCGGCCAGUGGAAAUCCACCGUUCGGAAGUGUUGAUUUUGUAAUGGAUGAGUCAUAGCACGUUCUUCUUCAUCUCCAGUGCCCAUAUACGUUAUUAACUUUACAACCGCGCAGAUCUCACGACGGUUACAGUUGGUGCAACUGGUGGCGAGUCUGUCUAAAGCUUAAAUUGACCGAGCUUCCCAUCUCCAUGAACGUGGUUGUUUUUAGCGGGCGCAUCCGGGUGACUGAUAGAAUACUUAAACUAGUGGCACUAAGGUAGGUCUUGAGUUCGUGUCUGAUCUGUUGUUCCGUGCUCUGCACAAUUCGCGUGCUAAACAGUUUAACUUCGCGCUCAGGCCUACCGACUUGGGCAAGUAAGUCACUCGCGUCGCAGUUAACUCACAUCCGAUAAGUUUCAUUGAGCCACAAACACUUGAUACGAGCUGCUGGCUAUUUGUAUAACAUAUGAAAUAUGAGGGAUGCGACGCUUCUCUGCUAGACUGAAAGACCAGAGCUCUCUCGAACACUGGAUAGGCAUUUUAAUGUUCAAAUAGCUGACACCAAUCAGUAUGUAGGUUUUUUACUGGACCGCCUAGGGUCUAAAAGGCUUAUUAGACAUAGGCCUAGUUAGGGUCGAAAGUGCGCACACUAACUUUAUCGUCAGCCUCCAUAACAAGCAGGGACGAACCGUUACACCUGCGGGCCACGUAUUGUAGGUGACGGGCGGUUGGUUUGUCGGAGUCCUCUUGAUGCUAAAACUGGGAAUGCCAGCCGGCAAGUUUUAACCGCUCUCUUAGAAUUAUUUACACUUCCUCGCCUAAAUAAGUGGUUAUUAUCGAGUAGCCACCACUUUUGCAGCUGCUAAUGGCUUAGGCCAGUGGCUCCGGUUUCAUUCUUUAUGUGUAAAGGUUCAUUUGACGACAUUUUAAAACAUAUUUUUAGUAAAGUUAAGACUAUAUGUGUAACCGUUAUAGCACGGUAGACAAUUCCACCGUAUAUCAAUUGUAAUGCAGUGCCAGACUAAUGAAAGUGACUUUAUUGCUACAAAACUACCAGCAGAGUAUGAUUCAGAGUACGGACACUGGGAUUAAGUUUAUCUAUUCGAAUAAUAUGCAUGAAACCGCGUUUCAAAAUUUCGAAUGAAACCUUCCGAACCCCUUAUCCAAAGUAAUUUUUAAAUUAAACUGAGCUCGCAGAAGGUGCAUUUAAUUAGUGCUGUUUUAAACCUGGUCGCCGCCUUUUGCUGGGCUUGAGCGCGACGCGGAAGGUUAAUCCAACCGCUCUAGAUAGGGUCAUUUUGAUGAGACCUGAACAGCGUUUGUGGAGUACAAGGCUGGAACAGGAUUUACUGGAAAUUUCCUCCAGAAUGUCCGAGGUCUCUGCAGGUGACGGUGAGACUUUCGACUGUCAUGCGAAACCUAAUGCUAAUGCCUAUCACAGAAAGCCGCAAGUUGAGAAAUUUUUCUGCCCGCAAUAUCUAGGGCCUACAACACUUUGCCCAGAGACUUUAUUUCAGCUUUUAGUUUGUCGUCCCGAAACACGCUACUCUACCUUUCUCUCUCUCUUUCUCUAAAUGAGCGUUUCCGUUCUGCCUGGGUACUUCGGUAGUUUACAUAAACUCUAAGGAUCUAGAUGGCAGAUAAAAUUCCCACAUUAAAAAUGUUAACCAUUAAUUGCCAGACUGUCUUACUGUCAUGUUUUUAGAAGGAAUCAUGUUGUCUAUCAAUUUGUCUGCCUUCUAGCAGACCCAAAAGGGAAUUCGUUAUUCAGCAAUUUGUCGUUUUCAUUACUUUUCCAAAGAACGGUGUUCCUGGACCUGCGGCCUACCAACCAAUAACGACAGAAUUUCAUCCUCCAAAACCCAGUUACAAACCCUUCGGCUCCUCAUGCCCGAGAGAAAUGGGAGUUGUCCUAACCGGGAGGGACGCGCCAAGGCAAGCAUUUAUGCGACUGGAAUGCUCCAACCCCUUCGAAGACAGUUUGGGCGACUAG